GCGCUUCGAGACCAGGGCCUCGGCCCCUGGUCCCGCGCGCCGGGGGGGAGUGGCUCUCAUUUGGGCGCCUUCUGUGGUUUGCGAUUCCACCCCCAGACUCCCACACCACGGUCACUUCCUUCUUUCUGCCCAGUCUAGUCACUCAUUCCCCCACUGAGCUGGCUUUCCUUACGGUCUCUGGCCCUGUUCUUGCCCCAGCAUGACUUUUUUCAGGGCGCCGUUGUAGGAGCCUCCCGCAGGAGCUCUGUUCCCAUGAAGAUCCCACUGGUGACUCUCCAACCCCGCCACCAUGAACGGGGUCUUGAUCCCUCAAACACCCAUCGCUGUGGACUUUUGGAGCCUGCGCCGGGCUGGCUCCGCCCGGCUCUUCUUCUUAUCCCACAUGCACUCGGACCACACCGUGGGUCUCUCUAGCACCUGGACCCGGCCCCUCUACUGCUCCCCAAUCACCGCUUACCUCUUGCACCGUCACCGACAGGUGUCUAAGCAGUGGAUCCGAGCCCUGGAGGUUGGUGAGAGCCAUGUCCUGCCUCUAGAUGAAGUUGGGCGAGAGACCAUGACUGUAACCCUCAUCGAUGCCAAUCACUGCCCUGGCUCUGUCAUGUUUCUCUUUGAAGGAUACUUUGGAACCAUCCUCUACACAGGUGAUUUUCGGUAUACACCGUCCAUGCUGAAGGAGCCAGCCCUGAGACUGGGGAAACAGAUUCAUACCUUAUACCUAGACAACACCAAUUGCAACCCAGCCCUGGUUCUUCCUUCCCAAGAAGAAGCUGCCCGCCAGAUUGUUGAGCUCAUUCGAAAGCACCCACAACAUAACAUAAAGAUUGGACUCUAUAGCCUGGGAAAAGAGUCACUGCUGGAGCAGCUGGCCCUGGAGUUUCAGACCUGGGUGGUAUUGAGUCCUCGGCGCCUGGAGUUGGUGCAGCUGCUGGGCCUGGCAGAUGUGUUCACAGUGGAGGAGAAGGCAGGCCGCAUCCACGCCGUGGACCACAUGGAGAUCUGCCAUUCCGCUAUGCUGCGUUGGAACCAGACCCACCCUACCAUUGCUAUCCUCCCCACCAGCCGGAAAAUCUACCGUUCCCACCCCGAUAUCCACAUCAUCCCUUACUCUGACCAUUCCUCCUACCCUGAGCUCCGUGCCUUUGUCGAAGCACUGAGGCCUUGCCAGGUGGUGCCCAUUGUCAGGCGACAACCCUGUAGGGACUACUUUCAGGACAGCCUGAGCCCCAGGCUCUCUGUGCCUCUGAUUCCAGACUCUGUACAGCAAUACAUGAGUUCCUCCUCUAGAAAUCCAAGUUUUCUCUGGCUGUUGUUAGAAAGGAAGCUGAAGAGACUGAGAACCCAGGGUGUUGUGUUUGAAUCCCUUGAGGAAAAUGCUGAUCACUCUCAAGCUGACAGGGACUCGAAGAAGACCAAGAAUGAGAACCUUUCUGGGGAGCUUGAGAAGCAGCCCUCCCACCAUCCUUUGAAGAUCAAGAAGCAGUCAUUCCCGGACGUCUGCAACAAAGAAUGGGAGGGGGCAGUCCCUUCCUCCAAGUCCCAGAAGAUGGUGACUGUAUUGACUGCCCCCUCGGGUUUUUCAGUACACUUAGGGUCUACAGAUAAAGAAUUUCCCUCUCUGGAAACUGGGGAGGGAAUCGGUGUAGGGCCCUACUUGGUACCCAGGGGAGACAAUGCGGGCUCAGCAGCCACCGGGAACCAGGGAGCUUGGAUGGGCCAGGAUUCUCUCCAGUCUCCCAGCAGCAAGGCUGCCCCUCUACUGGCUCCUGAGUACAGGGGCCUGGCACUCAAAUACCUUCUGACUCCAGUGAACUUUCUCCAGGCAGGGUUCUCUUCCAGGGGCUUUGACCAGCAAGUGGAAAAAUACCAUCAACUCUUGCUCAGGUACAGACAGGAGAGUACAGAAUGACAACCUUGUUUGAUGCAACACUGCACUUUUUAAAAAAAAAUUCAUCAAGAGUUGUUUAUUUUCAAAGUUAGCGCUCUUUGUAUUUCUACCACUAACAAAUGGCAGUGCGACAUCAACACUGCACUUUUGAAGAUAGUGGCUGAUGGCUUAUUUGGGGCCUUACUUUUCUGUGGUACAUGCCCACCCUGUAACAAGACUUCUCAAAGCGUGUUCAUUGGAAUCCUAGUGCCUAUGGAAUCCUUAGUUCUGUAAUUGACUUGUGUUUAAGAAACACUUUACAUUAUAAACCCUUUACAGUAUAUGUGAGCACAUUAAAUGUUCUGGGAAGUCGUGCAGUAAUUUAAUCUGUUUAACUUUGUUUAACCCAGUAUUUCUCCAAACUUUUUUUUUUUUGGCUGUGUGGCAUGCGGGAUCUUAGUUCCCUGAUCAGGGAUCGAACCCGCACCCCCUGCAGUGGAAGCAGAGUCCUGACCACUCUCCAGACUUUUUGAACAUGCAGUCCUCUUGUGUGGCUGCAGAAAGAGAUAAAAAGUCUGAUCAAAAAGGACCAGUUUAUUCCCACUGUUUUGUGUGUCAUGUGUCAUUCCCCAUGUCCCCUUCUGUCUCUUCCUAUAUAAAAGUCCCUAGGUAGUUCUGUUUUUUAAUUUAGGAACUGUGGUGCAGGAAGAUAAAGUGACCCAGGCAGCAUGUUCCAAUCCUGAAGGUCACUGAUUUGCUGUGACCCCAUCCAAGUCACUUCCUGUCUCUGCCUCUGGGAGGGAACAGGAAGUGAUGAAGAUCCUUGAAAAACUGGAGAAAAUUUCCACCUCUGCCUCCGUGAGAGUUUGCAGUUAGUGUCCCUGAGGACCUACCUGGAAGAGAGCCAGCUGGGGGACUGGGCACCCCUCACCAAGGCAGUAUCUGGAACCCAGCCAAACAUUAGGCUUAGGGUAAGAUGGGCCUCCCAGGUGCCUAGAGGCCCUAUUUGGCUGAAAUAAGGUUACAAAAGAUCAAAUGUGCUGCCAGAUAGUCCUGAUUGUUCACACAACUGGGAUAUUUGCUGCCCCCCUCCACCCAGUAUCCCCCCGUUCCAUCCUUGGGUUGAGUAGGGAGCUGGAGGACAUAGCCUGUUUGUUUCAGUAACCAGGGCAGAGACCAAGGAGCCAGCUGGUGGAAGGGGUGAGGGUGUGCAGUUCUGCCCUGACCUUCUGCUCACAGCCUGACAAAAUGCCAAACCAAUAAGCAGGACAGCAGAUACCACAGUCACAGAGGGCACAGGCAUGUGGAGCUGGGCACACGGACAAAAACUGUUUCACAAUGGAGCUUCAAGCCUUCACAAUGAAGAAGCCUCUGAUUCUUGUCCAGGGGGCUGGAAAUUGUCUACUUCUGGAGGAAGAUAUGAAGAGUUUAGAAAGCGAAAUAAGGCCUUUCUCUUGGGCAAGCUGUAUACAGCUCUGUUUUGUCUGUGACCUUCACUGUAAGCCUCCCAUGGGCCCACUAGGAGCCAUAGCAGGUGAGGCAUGUGGGGUAGCAGGGGACAUGGGCACUGUCCUGGGCUUGAAUCCAGGGUACCUGGGCAAAUAGAGGUAUCAGGCUUCCAUAGCAGAGCCUCAGUUUCUCAUCUGUGAACCAGGGACUGAGGUACCUACCUCUCCUGAUUGCUUUGGAGGUUGGAGAAUUGGUAAAAUUCCUAGCUCAGUGCCUAUCACAUGAUGGAUAAUUCAAAUAUUGGUUCUCUCAGCCUCUGGUUCUUUAAAAAAAAAUUAUUCUCUAUAUAAAAUAAACUUUGGAAGUCAUGCAAAAAUAUAAAGAAGAAAAAAUCAAUUCCUCCAUGUAGAUCAAUUGUUUUCUUCUAGUCUUUUUCUGUGCAUGUAAAUAUAUUAAAUAUAUAAUUGUUUUCCAAAUUGGGGUAAUACUGUAUAUAGUUUUAUAUCCUGCAUUUUACUUUCUUAAUAUCUUAA